CUGCGUAGUUUCGGCGGCGUCUUUGCAGUAGUCCCGGGGUACGAUAGCGGAAAAUGCCCGAGGAAGGGGGCGGAGUCGGUGAGAGAGGCCCGACCAAGUCAACCGUCUUCCCCUCGAGGUAUUGGGGCUUCCUGGACCUGGAGGAGGCCACUGAGGACCGCGGUGUUGGCCUUACAGCUGGAGAAGGCUUCCACUCGAACCUCCCGGGCCUAGUCAACGGCCCACCCCCUGCCAGCCCCCGCCUUCCUCACUCCGGCACACACCUCCCUCCCUGACGCAUUUUGCCGCACAAGCUGUAAUAUGGCGGCAGCGACGGAGGCCUGAAUCCUGGGAGCCGGGGUGAUUCUUGGUGCUUCAACAUCGAUCUAAAGGAUUGGAUCAGUUCUCAAUUUUUGUCUUUUUCUACUUAAAGAUUGAAUAGAUUGGAGUCAUGGGAAUAAAGGUUCAGCGUCCUCGAUGUUUUUUUGACAUUGCCAUUAACAAUCAACCUGCUGGAAGAGUAGUCUUUGAAUUAUUUUCUGAUGUGUGCCCCAAAACAUGCGAGAACUUUCGUUGUCUUUGUACAGGUGAAAAAGGUACAGGAAAAUCAACUCAGAAACCAUUACAUUAUAAAAGUUGUCUCUUUCACAGAGUUGUCAAGGAUUUUAUGGUUCAAGGUGGUGACUUCAGUGAAGGAAAUGGACGAGGAGGAGAAUCUAUUUAUGGAGGGUUUUUUGAAGACGAGAGUUUUGCUGUUAAACACAAUAAAGAAUUUCUCUUGUCAAUGGCCAACAGAGGGAAAGAUACAAAUGGUUCACAGUUCUUCAUAACAACUAAACCAACGCCUCAUUUAGAUGGGCAUCAUGUUGUUUUUGGGCAAGUGAUCUCUGGUCAAGAAGUUGUGAGAGAGAUAGAAAACCAGAAAACUGAUGCAGCUAGCAAACCAUUUGCUGAGGUACGGAUACUCAGUUGUGGAGAGCUAAUUCCCAAAUCGAAAGCCAAGAAAGAAGAAAAGAAAAGGCAUAAGUCAUCAUCGUCAUCAUCAUCAUCAUCCAGUGACUCAGAAAGUUCAAGCGAUUCUCAGUCCUCUUCUGAUUCUUCUGAUUCUGAAAGUGCUUCUGAAGAAAAAUCAAAAAAAAGAAAAAAGAAACACAGAAAAAACUCGCGAAAACACAAGAAAGAAAAGAAGAAGAGAAAGAAAAGCAAGAAAAGCGCAUCUAGUGAAAGUGAGGCUGAAAAUCUUGACGCUCAACCCCAGUCUACAGUCCGUCCAGAAGAGAUCCCUCCUAUACCUGAAAAUAGGUUCCUAAUGAGAAAAAGUCCUCCUAAACCUGAUGAAAAAGAAAGGAAAAACAGAGAGAGAGAGAGAGAGAGAGAGAGUAAUCCACCUAACUCCCAGCCUGCUUCGUACCAGAGGCGACUUUUGGUUACCAGGUCUGGCAGGAAGAUUAAAGGAAGAGGACCAAGGCGAUAUCGAACUCCUUCCAGAUCCAGAUCAAGGGAUCGUUUCAGGCGUAGUGAGACUCCUCCACAUUGGAGGCAAGAGAUGCAGAGAGCUCAAAGAAUGAGGGUAUCAAGUGGUGAAAGAUGGAUCAAAGGGGAUAAGAGUGAGUUAAAUGAAAUAACAGAAAAUCAAAGAAGCCCAGUUAGAGUAAAAGAGAGAAAAAUAACUGAUCACAGGCAUGUAUCAGAAAGUCCCAACAGAAAAAGCGAAAAGGAAAAGAAAGUUAAAGACCAUAAAUCUAACAGCAAAGACAGAGAUAUCAGCAGAAAUUCAGAUAAAGAUGAUAAAUAUAAUAAAAACAAAGUGAAGAAAAGGACCAAAUCUAAAAGUAGGAGUAAGAGCAAAGAGAAAUCAAAGAGUAAGGAAAGAGAUUCAAAGCAUAGUAGACAUGAAGAAAAGAGGAUGAGGUCAAGAAGUAAAGAAAGAGAUCAUGAGAAUGUUAAAGAAAAAGAAAAGCAGUCUGAUUCUAAAGGGAAAGAUCAGGAAAGGAGUAGGAGUAAAGAGAAAUCUAAACAGGGUGAAUCAAAAAGUAAUGAGCAUGAUCAUAAUAAAAGUAAGGAUAAGGAUAGACAUGCACAGUCUAGGAGUAGAGAACGUGCUAUAACUAAAGGCAAACACAGUUACAACAGUAGAACAAGGGAACGAAGCAGAAGUAGGGACAGGAGCAGAAGAGUGCGAUCUAGAAGCCAAGACCGGGAUCGCAGCCGAAGCAAAGAGUACCACAGGUACAGAGACCGGGAGUACAGGAGAAGAGGAAGGUCACGGAGCAGAGAGAGAAGAGCAACACCAGGAAGAUCAAGAAGUAAAGAUCGGAGAAGAAGGAGGAGAGAUUCACGGAGCUCAGAGAGAGAAGAAAGUCAAGGCAGAAACAAAGAAAAAUAUAGAAACCAAGAAAGUAAGAGUUCACACAGAAAAGAAAAUUCUGAGGGUGAGAAAAGAAUGUACUCUAAAAAUCGUGAUCAUAAUAGCUCAAGUAAUAACAGGGAAAAAAAGGCUGAUAGAGAUCAAAGUCCAUUCUCAAAAAUAAAACAAAGCAGUAAGGACAGUGACACAUUGAAAAAUAAGGAGGAUGAGAAGACUAGAUCCUCAGUGGAAAAAGAAAUAAACCAAAUAUCAAAGAGUCAAGAAAAUGACCACGUACAUGAUAAAAAUAAAAAAUUUGAUCAUGAAUCUAGCCCUGGCACAGAUGAAGACAAAAGUGGAUGAGUGAGUUAUAUAAACUUAUUUCCAUUCUGUCUCAAAUUUUAAGUUUUAGAGACUUGCUGAUGAAUCUCCUUUAUAUUGUUUCCUCUUUUUGUUGUUUUGGGUUGUUUAAUGUUUGUCUUUUUUUUUUUUUUUUUCUUUUUUUUUAAUGUGGACUUCACUGAGUUGAUCUUUUGAUAAUCUGCAACCUGAAUAAUUUGUACUGCUGAAGUUUUAAUAAAAUUGAAAUGAGAAAAACCCUUUGGUGUAAUACUGUGUGCUGUAUUUAAUAUUUCAUAUGUGCAUUUUUGUGUUGAAACAAUCAGCCAAUAGCAAAUGUGCUAUACUAUACUGUAAAUUGUUUGAUCAACCACAUGGAAACAAGCAUAGCUGAAUUGUUGUAAUACAUUGCUACAAAAGCUUGCGUUUCUUUAACAAUUAAAGUAAUUUUAAAAGCCACCAGGUAGAAGAUAUCUUGUAUAGAUUUUCUGAUUGCAUCUAUAAUAGAGGCUUGUAGCAGUGGCUUUUAAUUACCCAGAAGCAGGAUCCUAAUAACUUGAGAUCUUAAAGCAUCAGUUUUGAUAUUAUAGGAAUUUGUGCUUUAAAAAUAGUUAUUUAUACUGCAUAUCUGAUUCUUUGUAGUUCAAGCCAUAGCUUAUUUCAUGUUAAUGUUUUCCCUGUCCAGUUUUGUUUUACUUAACUGUCUAUAAAAAUAGAAGUAUUUUUUUUCAGUUGAUGUACUGAUUGAGCUUGACUUGCUGUUACACAGCACUUGACAGGUACUAUACGUUAGAAAAAUCAUAUUUUAAUUCUCAAUUCUGUGUUGCUUUUGGUCUGAACAGUUGAAAUUGUUACUUUUGGGGAACAUUGUUUAUUAUUAUUACCCUUUUCUAAAACUUAAAGAAAAUACUAUCACUAAAACAUACCACUUGUGCAGGUCCUUAAGCUAGACUUUAAAAAUUAUUAGUAUUGACUUACUAACUUCCAAGAUUUCUCUUUUUGGCCACCAAAUUGUAAUAGAGUUGAGUGUUAACUCUGCAUGUUUUCUUGUGUUUUAAGUUGAAGUGACUUCUCUAACUCAUAGCUGUGAGUUUUAAUGGCAGGAAAAUGCAUCUUUUUAAUGUAUGUAUCAUGAUAGGCUAUAGCAUGUUUAUUGACACUGGUUUCUCUUCAGGUGGCUUUAAACCAUUACUGUUAACAUUGUUUUAACUUGGCAUGUAUAGUAUUGCCACAUAGAUAGUAGAAAGCUGCAAACUUUAAUUAAGAUAACCAAAAGUCCACCAAGUUUUGUGUUGUAUUCUGCUGUUUUGUGCCUUUUAUCCUGUAAUUUCCCUUCUAAAUAAAACAUUGAAUAUCCAACAAACACAAAACCUGCCUCAUUUGAAAAUAAAUUUCAAAAUUCAAAUUGAUAGGAGCCUUUAGAAAGUUUUGUACUUUAGUAUUUGUCAAUAUACUGUCAACUCUUAUUACCAAGGUAGCUUCUUGGUACAUGUAGUAGUAUUCAGUGCUAUUUGUACUGAAUAAAGCAGUGCUUAACAGAAUACUUGUCAUUAUUGAUGAAUACAGUAAUGAUACAUUUAGCAUUAUGGUAGGUGUUUACAGAAUGAAUAGGAUAAUGCCAAGAUUGGUUGGAAUAUCCUGAAACAAAUAACUACAGUAGAUUCUUCCCAGUUUUUUUUCCUGAUCAUAAAAGUAAUAGAUUCUUAUUAUAAUGUAGGGUGAUUGAUUCCUUAGGGACUUUGACCACAACCCCAUGUUAGCGAAUAAUGGAGUCUGAGUGCCCAAGCUAUAUAAUCAGUAACAUAUUUUAACUAGUUAUUGUUUGUCUUAAAUUCAGUAAAUUGCAUAUUUUAAAUCUUUGGUGUAAACUGAGUUUCAAGAACGGUGCUAUUUUAAGAAAGGAUUUGUAAUAACAGUUAAAGUUUUUAAAAAGUCCAUGCUAACUAAAAACAUUUCUUUGUUGUCUGAUUCUAGAGCUUUAACUACCAAGAAUUACAGGCAAGUACUUUUCAAAUCCAAGAGUUUUGAAAGGUAACCAUAGGGGGAAAUAUUUAGUGAUUUCUAUAAGCAGUAUUCUCUGUUUUGGUUAUCAAAAGAGUAACACUAUGCUCAGCAUUAUUUAUAGGCCUUUUUUUAAGCUUUCUUAACUAUUAUAAUAGCAAGAUGUGGUAAAGGAAUUAAGGUGAGAGGUGACAAUCAACUAGAUUUUAUUUUCAGAACAUAAGGAAUGUUUAAAAAAUUAAAUGUACUUCACCUCUGUCCUUGCAUCUGAAUAGAACAUGGCUUACAUGGUCCUUUCAUUAUAUCUUUAUAUUUUACUUUGAACAUACUCUGUUUUCCUGAAAGUCAGGUGUUUAAUUCUUUCCUGUCAAGUUGAUUUCAUAGGUCUUUAUGUUUGAGCUUAGAGUUUACUUCAAAGUGUCUUUGACUUAAUAUCUUUAAAAUUUAAAUUCAUUUUUAUUGUUUGGCAAUAUCUGAGCAAAUUCUUUUCAAUAUAUAGAAUUUUCAUGAUUGUUAUUUUGUGUGAAUUAUUUUCCUGAAUAAACUUUGUGCCACAGAAAUUGAUGAUACAGAGAGAUUAAGUAUCAACAAAAUGAGCAGUGGAGAAGCUACUGGGUUCCUUUAAAACAUUUUUAUUAAUUACUUUUUAGUAAACUACUUAUUAAAUUAAUUUAUAGUGAAUUACUUUUUAAGAUAAUUUAUAGUAAUUUACAGUUCAUAGAGCAAUAUAGUUUAAGUUUUUCAAUGGAAGCCCUCAUAGAAAUUGUAAAGAAUUAGUAUGAUAAGUCUAUCUUUACACAGGUGUGAUAUUGGCUUUGCUGAAUGGCCUUUGAUUCUUGUGCCCAAUGGAAGGUAUGAAAAAUAUUUUAUAUUAUGGGCCAGCCCACAUUUGGUUUCUGGUAUUUUGGGUAUAAGUUAAUGUAUGUUUUUUAGUAGUUCUAUGUUCUUAACUUCCAGGUAGUAAGAUUUUUCAUUGCACUUGAAAUUUCUUAUAAUAAAUUCUAUUGAAAUUUGUUUAGUUUGCCUUAGUCAGAAGGUACUUUAUACAGCUGACUGCUGUAAAGAACAUUAAAAUGGAUAUUUUUUCUAUCUCCUUUUGGUCCUGUUUCUUUGUUGUAAUUAUACAGUUUCAGAUUCAUACUUCUACAGUUGAAUAAACUUUCCAAGGAUUGUUUUGAAAAAAUAUGUUCUGUUACAAAUACUUAUUAUAAAAAUUAAUAUCUAAAAAUAAGCCCCAGAAAGCCCAGCAUUGGCUGGCAUACCUACCCAUAGUGGGCUUCCCGACUGCCUUUAGGUAAAUGCAAACUCUGUGGUCUGUGGUGUGACCCAAGAAGAAAAUAAAGGGGAAAAAUGAGUAAGAAAAUUCUAUCAAUAAGAUUGGAGAAGGGUGUCAUUGGGGGUUCUUGUUUAUUUUUGUGCAAAGGGGAGUGGUGGGGUUGAAUUUGUGUUCCUUCUUUUUUUAAACAAAUUCCCUAUGUUCCCAAAAGCACAUGCUGUAUAUUUUCUUCCCUUUUUGUGUGUUUAUAGUAUUUUGAAAGACUGAUAAAUGAACUGGUUAUUUGUACAUGGGAAUGUUAAAGGUUCUGUGACUGCUUUCUUUGUGGAAAGGAAACAUAAAUGAAGUUAAUGCACUUCCUUUUCCUAGCUCAAAAGUCACUGUGAUGUAUAUUUUUUUAAUGAAAUUUAGAAAUAAAACUAUUGUCUUCUCAAUCCUAAAAUUAGUUUCAAAAUGCUGCUUCUCUUAUCAUUAGUCUAGUAACUGUUGAACUGUUUUUUGCAAACUGCAUUUUACAAAAUUUAGACUUGGAAAACUGUGUAUUAACUUUUAUAGUUAAACAUUGUAUUAAAUAAAACUGCUAUAAUAAUCAGUUUGUUUUUUUGUAUUUUUUAAAUUGUCAUAUUAGUUAUUCAACCUUUAUUUUUAUUAGAAGCCAAAAAAUGAAGAUAAAUCAACUAAAAUAUCCUUUUGUCUUAGCCAUGGGGGUAUAGGGUUAUUUGUAUUAUGACAAAACUGAACAAGAGUUUUACAGUACCCUGCUUCUGUAGGAAUUUAGCCAGCAGUUACACUUUGUAGACGAAGGUUUGCCGAUAAGUUACAGAUCAAUUGUUUAUUUGUAAUGCUUCAAAUUGCUUUGUAUCUUUUACCUCGGCAAACUUUUAAGGUUAAACUUGGAAUUUGCAUUACCAUGUACUGGAAUGCUAUGAUUUGCUUUUUAGUUUCUUCAGAUUUCUCAGCUCUGAUAACACUAAUAUAUCCUGUGCCUACCAGUUUUAGUAUAACACUUAUUGUAAAACCAUAGAAAUGUUAAUCAGCUUUACAAAACAGAUUGGUCUAGUUUGGGUUUGGCUUUGUUUUUACGUAAAUUACAUAUAUUUAGAGAAAAUGUCUUGUUAACUUGAGAGUAAGUCACUAAAUAUAUAUGCUGGGUAAAAACAUUCUGACCACUCAGUGGUCUGUAUGUGCUAACAGGUGACUAUUAAUAAAUUCUCAGAUUCUGGAUUCUUUAAAUGCCUUAGCCAGGAGAAUAUGUAAAAUGUGAGUGCUUCCCAUGGUCUGUGCAAAUUGAGUAUUAAAAUA